AUGAUACGGCCGGUCUCGCUCGUGCUCAAAGCUUCUACGCUUCCCUUUGGUUUGAACGACAUUCCGCUGGCCAUAUCGGUGGCUGCGUUCGCCACCACGGGUCGUCCCACUCCUAUGGUCACAGCAGAACACCGGGGCUCCAAGCGGUACCAAUCUAUGAUCUCGGCACCUAUGUCAACGCUUUCGCGAUCGCUCUCUAGAAUUUCACUUGGACAGUCAUUUUCAUACUGGUUGAUCACAGACAAUUCUGGUUGGACAGAGUCUUCUAGUUCUGAAAUUGCGUCCACAUACGGAGCAUCGAAUCCACGCACCGGGGAGACUUGCUCUGACCCUGGUUCGUCGUCUGCCUUGAAGACAGGUUUGUGGAAACCAUCCGUGACGACCGAGUGCUCGUCGCGCACAGUGUCGAUGGUGCUCUCGCUGUGA